AUGUUUUUCACGAUUGACGAGCUCGUGCGGUGGUUGGGGCUCACCGUGUUCGAGAUUUGGGUGAACCUGAUUUCGUUUCUGAUUUUCACGGUGAUGUUGGCGGUGAAGUAUGACCCUUACGUUGACGUGGAUAAGAACGGUUGGUGGGCGAUUUUUUUCCCGUUGUUUGCGGGGGACGCCCUCAAUGCGUACUUUUGCGUUAUUAUUUUUAUUAGGAUGUUGUCGGAGAUGACGCUGCGGGCGUCUCUGUUGCGGAUUAGUUGGUCCGGGACUUUUUUGUUAAUGACGUUUUUAUUUAAGUUUUUGUUGUGCCAGAAGUUGCUGAAUAAGUUGGGCUUGGAUUACUCGGAGGUGUUUGCGCCGCUUUAUAUUUUGUUGCAGUUGAUUGCGGUGAGGGCGUGCCAACAAAGUUAAUUGUGUUAUAUUAAUAGACUUUUGCUAGUAUUAAAGUAUUUUGUGUAUAUUAAAAAAAAUCUUUAUAAAACA